CUUAAACGUCACUAUAGCUCAACGUCCCGCCAUCUUGAGAGCUCUUUGCUGCACCACACCACACUUCUUCUUCAAAACUUCCCGACCAAAAUCCCCAAAAUCACCACACAAAACGAGUCAAUAUGGGCGUUACCAAGACCACCCACGCUGAGGGCACUGGCGCGCAGCCCUCUGUCGGCCAGACCGUUACCAUCGAGUACACCGGUUUCCUCAAGGACACCUCCAAGCCUGACAACAAGGGCAAGCAGUUUGACAGCUCUGUUGGUCGUGGCGACUUCGUCACCAAGAUCGGCGUCGGCCAGGUCAUCAAGGGUUGGGAUGAGGGUGUCACUCAAAUGAAGGUUGGCGAGAAGGCCACCCUCGAUAUCUCCAGUGACUAUGGCUAUGGUGCCCGCGGUUUCACCGGCCACAUCCCCCCCAACGCUGACUUGAUCUUCGACGUCCACCUGAAGGGUGUCAAAUAGGAUCAUUGACUUUCAGCGUGAUUUUGUGAAGGCGAUUGGGCGGUAUGGUAUUAGCCAGUUGAAGAACAGUCCCAUGAGAGUUUGUAUAGUCUUGAGUAGUUCGCUUUGCAUAAUCUAGAAGCAAACAAUCAAUUUACUUCAAUAACUG